AUGUUUCCUUCUAUUCAAAUGCACAACACUGAUUGUCACUGCACCAGAUGCAAUAAUAAUAAUCAAGAAGUUUCCCGAGUAUUGAGAUGUACUGCUCAGCAUCAUAAUAAAAGAGCUAGAUUUGAAGCUGAAAAGAGAAGCAUGGAAGUAGAUACUGAAAUAAUCCUGACAUAUCAAUCAAAUUCUGUGGAAGCAAUGGAUGGUCAGGCCAACUCACCUAUUUCGGAUGCCAUCUCAAUGUUUGACAAUGACAUCUUUGUUGGUAAUGACUACAAUGGUGAUGAGUCUAACACAACCGAUGACAAUGACAGUGAUGACAAUGGUGAAGAAGACACUGCCAAGAUUUAUGUCGAAGAGUUUAACAAUGAGAACCCUUUUGCUGUUUCUGGUAUGCCCAAGAAUCCAGUGCACAGAUUUAUUGCUACUUUUACAGUACUGUUUGCAUCUUGUUACGUGGUCAAUAAGGGUUCUGUUAUCUUGAUUGAGUUCAUCAACAAGCUCUUGAAGAUUUAUGGACAAUAUUUCCAACUUCCUGAAAGUCUGGCUGGGCUACAUAAAAUGACUGGCUUUUCGUCUAUCACCAAAGGCAUCAAGCGAUUUGUGUCAUGUCCAAACUGCCAUUGCAUCUAUGAAGAAAACAUGUCCAUAUCUCCCCAUUGUGCUUUCACAAAUGUUGGUGCACGCUCUCCUUGUGGUUGUACAUCUUUUCCUUCACUUACACUUUCCCCUGUAUUCAAAACCUUUGUACUCAUAAUGAGCAACUCCAACCACACCCGAUUAUCCAUCAAUGACAUUAAUGAUGAUCAUAUGAUCCAAAUCGCCCCAGAUUACAAGAUGGCCAAUCCCAAAGUCACCAAGACUUUUGCUGAUGAAAAGAAAUUUACUGUUUGGUUUGAAAACUCGGCCAAGAGAAAUUCCAACUGGAAUGUAACCAACACUCACUUUUCCCAGGCUACUGGUACAGCUAGUCCUAGAGACGUUGUAUCAGCUGUAUACUUUGUCUGUGACCACCAAGGCUUCCUCAAGAAGACCAAGGUUCAAGAAAUGGCUGGAAAGCCAAAAGCAAAGAGGGUUCGAACUGAAUCCAUCAAGGAUGGCUGCAAAGCCAAGAUUACCAAGAAAACCUUGCAUGAUGGGAGUGUCCAGCUCGAAGGAGGUAUUGAUAUUGUCAGCUUCCCAAUGUCUCUUCGCAUUAACUAUUAUGAUGUUCAAAACGUCAUCAAUGCACGUCUGAACAACCUUUUAAGACAAAAUGCCAUUGACAAGACAAGCGUUGAGCAAUGGAUUGAGUUCUUGGAAAAGAAAAGAACUACCUGGUUCACAUUGUCUUCCAUGAAGGUAAUGAGCCAUACCUUGUUUCGUGGAUCUCUCCUUGACAGAAGAAGAUUCUCGAAUUCUAGCAAGCACUCGUAUCUGUAUAUGAUAGUUGUGAGAAGCAACGUUACCAACAAGGGUGUUCCUGUUUGCUUCUUUGUAACAAACGCAGAGUUUAUCACAACCUUGUUGCAAUGGCUCAAUUGGGUUAAAUCCAACUGUAGCCUGCGUGUCAAGUGCGGGAUGAUUGACUGCAGCCCAGUUGAGAUUGGUGCCUUGGAGGAAGUCUUUGGCCAAUCUGUCCAGGUCCUUUUGUGCCACUGGCACAUUAAGAGAGCACGGGAGAUGCACAUCAAAAAAGAUGUAAAAAUUACUGGAGCCACCCACAAAAGCAAGCGUGAACAGGAUGCAGAUCGGGUGGCUCUCAACUUGCUGAUGCAUGCCAGAAAUUUGCUGGCCACGUCAAAUUUGUGGCAUAUUUUGCCACACACUGGCAUGCUAAGUGUGACCUUUGGUCAAUGGCCUGAAGAGCAUGUUAUAUUUUUAGAAAAGAAAGAAAAACAAAGUGCAGAUGAGAAGUACGGUGAGACUUUGUUUAUUGAUGAAAAGAGAGAUGAUCUUCUAUUGCUAUUUGCUAUUCAUACUUCAAGAACUGGCACUCGUUUUUAUACCAACAAGUCCAGAAUAAUACUCUGUCUCGUAGUGUUUUCUGACCAGUGCAACAUUACCUGGUCCGGUGGCCAAAACGCCAGUUUUCUUGUCAAGCAAUUUGCAAUUCACAAUUAUACCAGCAUGGCAAUCAGCAUCUGUGAUAAAAUCAACCUCAUUCGGCUAAAGCUGUAUGGAAGAGAGAGCUACAUGGACCUUCCUAAUGAUCCUAGUGGUGCGCAGUUGUGGGAGCCAUUUCAUCAGUUUGUUAAUUUGAACAAUGAUUUGGUGGAAGGUGUAGGCGGCCCUAGUGUGAAGGAAGCUUUAUUAAAAUACUACCGGAGAACAACAGGCUUGACUGGCCACAAGUUUGGUGACUCUGUUGUUGUUGUAGCUGCAUGUCUGUGGAUAGACUCGACUGUAUAUUCCUUAUGCAUGUACCAAAGAAAGAAAAACGAGACCAGCCGUGGCAACCAUUACGUGAUGUUUACUUGCCCCUAUAGAAACUGGCUCGUCAGUACAGUACAGUUCUACUUUCAACAUGUAGAUUUCCAUGGCUUCCCACACUUUCUUGCUUUUGUAGAGGUCAUAAAGAAAUAUGAUAUAACUUGCCAUGCCUGA